AUGGAAGAAUGGCACGACAGAGCUGUCAGAUGUGCGCUCUAUUUUGAUGAAGUGCAAGCAGGGAACAUACUAGCGCCUUUGCCUAGCAAGAAGGCGGGAUUUUUCUACCUAGGCUUUCCUGACUUCGGCGUGGCGUGGCGCAACAGCCCUCGCGCUUGGGUGACACUCGGCAUGCUGCCGUACUUGGAUCAUCAGAACGUGCCAGGCGGUUACACGGCCUACCUACAUUUGCUCCUGGAAGAGCUCGACUUGGCUCGGAACGCCUUCCCAGUGGCGCGAGGCAUCAAGAUUUCCCUCUUUCUCGCGAUGUACAUAGCCGACCACGACGCCCAGAAGAUCGUCUUCGACAACACUGGCUCGGCAGGACUUGCACCCUGUCUUUUUUGCGCCAACAUAUGUAAACUGGAUGCGGACUUAGCAGGGAGAGAUGCCGAUGGUCUUCUGCGUGACAUUACAGAGGACAAUGUCAGACGAUUCGUGCGAAAGCAGGAUGAGGACUGGUUCAAGCUGGUGGACGACCUCCACAGGGAUGUGUGCAGCAUGCGCUUAACAAAGAAAGCGGUGAAACAAAGAUCGCAAUGUCUAGGCAUCAACUACCGCCCGGACAGCGGACACCUUUUCCAAGCCCGCUACCGUCAUUUGCUUCCGCCCAGCUACUGUUUCAAUGAUUAUCUGCACGCGUACUUCCAGGGAGGUUGCGCGGCGGUGGAAACAACGAGGUUGGUCGAGAGAGUCCUGUCCAGGACGCUGCUGAACUUGGAGGAUGUCGCCGAGAUGGCGCGCAUGAACUGGAAGGCCGCACGGCAUGUCACCUCUGCGGGGCCACAGGGUAGAGCCGACUUCUUCCACGAGAGACGCUUUCGAAGUUGUUAUGUCGGUAGCGGGGGUGAACAAAUUCAGAUGAUGCCUCUCCUGCUCUUCACUCUCUGCCGUUUGCUUCUGCCACGUGGAGAACUGCAGCAAGAACUCGAGUGCUACAGCCUGCUGGUACAGAUCACGCACUGCUACCGGUGGCUUCAUCACACAGAGAAGAUCUCCAACACGUCUCGCCUGCAGCUCCUCGCAACAGAGUCCGCACACCAGCGCAAAGCUUUGCUCGUCUACGGGAAGGCCAGACAUCGCGACUUCACUGCUGAGAUCGGAGAUCGCAUGGACGCAUUUGCCAAGCAAGGUCUGGCAUCCGAAAGCCCUGCAAAGACCAUGCUAACUGCAUCGCGCGACUUCCCAGCUGGCUCCAGUGUGAAAGCAGCAGCACAGGCAGUCGCCUUCGACAUGCUGGCCUGCUACAGCACGUGGCAGCGCAGUGGGCGAUUGCAGAUACAUACGGCAACCGUGCUCAGGGAGUUCUUACAGCCACGCUGGUGGAUGGAG